AUGCAAAGAUAUGAAUAUUAUGAAAUCUCAUCUCCAGGACUGAGAUCUACAAGCUCAAAUCCAUUUAAAAAUGAUACAGUAGCUUUAAUUUCACUUCAAAAAGAGAACCAAGAGCUGAGAAAAAGACUAAAAGAUCUAAAUAUUAAGUUAACAGAUGCAAUAACACAAAAGGAAAGCAAAAAAAGGAGGCCGUCACCAACGAAGGUUGCUGAAGAUGGCCACCAAAAAGCUGAGAGCAAGCUUGAAUCUUAUAUGUAACUUUUAUUUAGAAACGAAAAGCGUCUGUUGCAUCAACGAAUCGAUAAGCUCUCAGACCCGAAUUACGAAUGCAGCCUAAAAGACAAAAUCCAAAGACUUCAAAAUGUUCUCAUUAGUAAGCAAAAUGCUCAUAAAUUAUUAAAUGCAACCCUAAGUAUAAAAGAAACAGCGGCUCGAGGUAAUGAAGAAGCAAGCCCUUCUGAUUAUGCAAAUUAUUUAGCUGCGAUAUCACUUUAUACUCAAAGGAUUAAGAAAUUGGAUGAAACUGAACGACUGAAUAUGCAAGGCUUGCAAGAAUGGUCACAGAAAUACCAAGAAUUGAAUCAAAAUUAUUUGGAGCUAUACUAAUUUGGAGAAUUUAUCUACCAAAUAUUCAUAUCUUCUACUAAUUUUACGUUUUAAAAGAUAGUGAAUGAUUUAAGGUCCAGGGCCUAUAAUUUAGGAAGUCCUGGGUGGGUUUUUGCCUGGACAGACUCUAAAGGUGCAAAGUCAGAUCAUACUUCUGGGAAGCAAUUAUGCACCUGAGCAAGGGCAUGCAGUCUAGACAGAGACAUUAGGUGUUUUCCCAUACUCUGAGUACUACCAGAUUAAGGGAAUCCAAUGUGGUAGGGCUAAACCCAAGCAUGGUCGGAUGAGUCUCCCGAGAGACUGCUGACAUCGACAAGAAUAGGGCGUGGUGUGACGCAAGUACUUAGGGUCACCUGAGCCUUAAGCCGGGCUAGAACGACUAGGGGCUAAAAUAAACCCAGAAAUCUGCUAUAAUUUAAUUUAACCUCUCUACCAAUUUUCUUUAAAAAAAUACUUAUAAAUUGACUUAAAACAUUUAUAUUUUUAUCAAAUAAAAUAAAAAAAUAUUGUCGGCGAUGCUGAAAUUAGCAUGAAAAGAGAACAAGAUCUCAAAGAAAGAAUCAAAGAACGAGAAUGGCAGCUAAAAGUAAAGGAAAAAGAGUUCAAUGCUAAUUUCAGAGAUUUAAAUCAGAGGAUUAAAGAAUUAGAGCUUGAGUCUAGUGAAAUACAAAGAGAAGAAAAUUUCACUAAAUUAGAAAUCGCAAGAAAAUCUGAGGCUUUAGACGAUAUUAAUAAAGAAUUCAAAAGAAAUAGAAUUGGAGGUCUAUCUCCAAUUGUGUCGAAAAAGGGGAGGUUGAACGGUAACAUAUCUUUUAUUACAAACCAUGAGUAUAGUCCUCGAAUUGGGACUGACUCCUCUUUUAUCUAUAAUCUAAGCAAGCCGAACCCUUAUUAUUCAAAAACGCCAUUGCCAUUCUAG